UCGUGACGUCAGCGCGUCCUAACCUCUCGCGAGCGCAGGAAACUGGAGCAGCGACAAACUCUCGCUGGGAAUUUUGUUUUAACUGCUUUUUUUUCUUUCUUUCUUUAUUUUUUCUUUUCUCCUGCAUUAAUUGUUGUUUUUCGAUCUCAGCCCUUCCGUCGGGAGACUUUUCUCGCGGGCAGUGUUGUUUAAGGAACGCUUCGUGUUUUUAAAGUGGUCGAUUCGUACUUUUAUCCCGGUGUUUUUCCUCAUGGAUCGGAUGGUGACGCGUCAGAAUAAUUCACUCUUUUAAACCCGUUUCGUUAAUUUAUAUUUUAAUAUUACAACACGUCAUCAAACCUCGGCUUUAAAUGUUUAUUUUAAAGGCUAAAGUUGAUUGAUUCCUGCGCUUACAUGAUGAUAAUUUUGACUCCUCUUACUUUAGCUGCUAAUGCUAAGUAGCGCAGGCCGCUAUUGGAGUUUAUUUAUAAAUAUUUAUACGAGUGUAUUGGUAUUUCUAUAAUUAUAUGUAUUUGUGAGUGUAUGAAUGAAAAUGAGAAUCUGACGGAGGUCUUUGAUUGAUCAGUGAUGUCUUCUCCAUCACUGUAGACUCAGAUCUCUAGAAAUGAGUGAUGUUUAUCACUCAUUAUAAAGUCCUCGUCUGUUUUCUUUACUUUUUCGCUUAUUCUAAGUCAGAUAUAAUUUUUAUUUACUCAUGUCGUGAAGUUUAAUGGCUUGACGAACAAUUUUUUGUCAUAGUUGAUAUUUUAAAUGUGUUAGCUGUGACUGAACUGGACACAGUUGAAAAGAGGAGAAACAAACACAGCUCAGAAUCAAGAUGAUGUGCGAGGUGAUGCCCACCAUCAGCGAGGCGGAGGUCAGCAGUAACGGAGGCGGUCUGGGCCCCGGCUCUCCCGUGCAGACGGACUCUGAGGGCCACUUUGAGUCUCUGAUGGUGUCUAUGCUGGAGGAGAGAGACCGACUGCUGGACACGCUCCGAGAGACGCAGGAGAACCUGUGUGUGACGCAGAGCAAACUGCACGAGAUCAGCCACGAGAGAGACUCGCUGCAGAGACAGCUCAACAGUGCCCUGCCGCAGGAGUUUGCAGCUCUUACGAAGGAAGUGAAUCUGUGUCGAGAGCAGCUGCUGGAGCGAGAGGAGGAGAUCUCCGAGCUCAAAGCAGAGAGAAACAACACACGCUUGUUGCUGGAGCAUCUGGAGUGUCUGGUGUCUCGUCACGAGCGUUCUCUGAGGAUGACCGUAGUCAAGCGUCAGGCUCAGUCUCCCGCCGGCGUCUCCAGUGAGGUGGAGGUGCUCAAGGCACUCAAAUCUCUCUUCGAGCACCACAAAGCCCUGGAUGAGAAGGUGAGAGAGCGUCUGCGUGUGGCUCUGGAGAGAUGCAGUAUGCUGGAGGAGCAGCUCACCGCCGCUCAUAAAGAGCUGGUGAUUCUCAAGGAGCAAAACAGUCAGAAGAAGGUGAUUGGUGGAUCAGCAGAAGUGAAUCACAGCUCUGGUGCAGCACUGAACACUAAUGGCAAGCGCUUGUCAGACGUGUCUCUGGGUGCAGAGGAGGAUUGUGGGAAGGACGUGGAGCUGCAGGAGGCUCUGGACAGACAGAGUAAGGAGCUCCUGCACAUGAAGGAGCGUGUGGCGUCUCUGUGCAGCCGCGUCUCUGAGCUGGAGGAGGAUCUGGACACGGCCCGGAAAGACCUCAUCAAGUCUGAGGACAUCAACAGCCGUCUGCAGAGAGACUUACGAGAGUCUCUGGCUCAGAAGGAUGACAUGGAGGAGAGGAUCACCACGCUGGAGAAGCGCUACCUCGCGGCUCAGAGAGAAGCCACGUCUGUCCAUGACCUCAACGACAAACUGGAGAACCAGAUCGCCAACAAGGACUCGCUGGUCUGCCAGCUGGAGGACAGGAGCCGUGUGCUGCAGGAGCGUCUGGAGCUGGCGGAGCAGAAGCUGCAGCAGACGAUGCGUAAGGCUGAGACGCUGCCGGAGGUGGAGGCAGAGCUGGCUCAGAGGGUCGUGGCCCUCACUAAGGUACGGCUCUCACACACACACACACUGUUUGCUGCUGCUGUAGUGUCUGAUGUGUGUGUCUCGCAGGCGGAGGAGCGUCACGGGAACGUGGAGGAGCGUCUCAGACAGAUGGAGGCUCAGCUGGAGGAGAAGCACCAGGAGCUGCUGAGGGCUCGUCAGCGGGAGAAGAUGAACGAAGAGCACAACAAGCGUCUGUCGGAGACCGUGGACAAACUGCUGUCUGAGUCCAACGAGAGACUGCAGCUUCACCUGAAGGAGCGCAUGACGGCGCUGGAGGACAAGAACGCUCUGAUCCGGGAUCUGGAGCACACCAAGAAGCUGAUAGAAGAGGCUCAUCAUGAGAAGGAGCAGCUGCUCAUCCAGAUCGAGAGCAUGAGGAGUGAACAGGAGCGCGGCCGCAGCAGGAGCAACUCUCUGCUGCAUCAUGGGUGUGGCACGCCGGACUUCAGGUUCCCGGUGUCUGUGUCAGCGCUGGACAGUCACUGCGGAGGAGCGCUGGUGCUCAGACGACCGCAGAAGACCCGAGUGUCUGCGCUGAGAGAACAGCCCUCGAAGGUGCAGACGCUGGACGAGCAGGAGUGGGACCGUCUGCAGCAGGCUAGUGUUCUGGCUAGCGUAGCUCAUGCGUUCGAGAGUGAUCUGGACGUGUCAGACGUGGAGGACGACAGAGAGACGGUCUUCAGCUCCAUGGACCUGCUGUCUCCUGCUGGACAGGCAGACGCUCAGACGCUCGCCCUGAUGCUGCAGGAGCAGCUGGACGCCAUCAACAACGAGAUCCGCAUGAUCCAGGAGGAGAAGGACAGCACCGCACUGAGAGCUGAGGAGAUCGAGGGUCGUGUGGGCAGUGGAGAUGAUCUGGACAGCCGCUUCCGCUCCAUCGCGUCCCUGCAGCCCUCCUUCCACAGCUCCUCUCCACCCGGAUCCGGUCACUCCACGCCCCGCCGGCCCUCACACAGCCCCAGCAGAGAGCUGGACCGCAUGGGGGUCAUGACCCUGCCUAGUGAUUUGCGGAAGCAUCGUAGGAAGUGUGCUCAGGAUGAUAAAGCCACCAUCAGAUGUGAGACGUCUCCUCCCUCCACACCGUCCUCCAGGAGACUCCAUAAAGGAGCGCUGCACACCUCCAGCCACGAGGACAUCCGAGACGUGCGGGGAGCCGGGCUGCAGGACGGAGCGGGCAGUAAUCCCAGCAGCAGUAACAGCAGUCAGGACUCACUCAACAAAGCAGCCAAGAAGAAGAGCAUCAAGUCCUCCAUCGGUCGACUGUUCACAAAGAAGGAGAAGAGCAGAGCCAGUCCGGGGGGGAAAGAGUGUCCUGGGCCAGCGCUGGCAGCUGCACCUGAUGGAGGAAGUGCACAGGACGCCCUGACUCUGGGGAAACUGGGCGGCCCUGCAGAGAAGAACCGAAAGCUGCAGAAGAACCCAAACUCAGGACACGAGCUGCUGGAGGAAGCGUGUCGCCGGGGUCUGCCCUUCGCUCAGUGGGACGGUCCCACGGUGGUGGUGUGGCUCGAGCUGUGGGUGGGGAUGCCGGCGUGGUACGUAGCGGCGUGCCGUGCUAACGUGAAGAGCGGAGCCAUCAUGUCUGCUCUGUCCGACACCGAGAUCCAGCGUGAGAUCGGCAUCAGCAACCCUCUUCACCGCCUCAAACUACGCCUCGCCAUCCAGGAGAUCAUGUCCCUCACCAGCCCCUCGGUGCCACCCACCUCCAGAACGUGUUCUGGGAAUGUCUGGCUCACACACGAGGAGAUGGAGAGUCUGGCCACCACGCCGCUCACGACUCUGGCCUACGGGGACAUGAACCACGAGUGGAUCGGUAACGCCUGGCUGCCCAGCCUCGGUCUGCCUCAGUACCGCAGCUACUUCAUGGAGUCGCUGGUGGACGCUCGUAUGCUGGAUCAUCUGACCAAAAAAGACCUGCGCGGUCAGCUGAAGAUGGUGGACAGCUUCCACAGGAACAGUUUUCAGUGUGGUGUGAUGUGUUUGAGACGGCUGAACUACGACAGGAAAGAGCUGGAGCGCAGGCGUGAUGAGUCCCAGGUGGAGGUCAAAGAUGUGCUGGUGUGGACGAGCGAGCGUGUGGUCAGCUGGGUCCAGGCCAUCGGUCUGAAGGAGUAUGCUGGGAAUCUUCUGGAGAGCGGGGUUCACGGAGCGCUCCUCGCUCUGGACGAGUCCUUCGACCACAACGCCUUGGCCCUGCUGCUGCAGAUCCCUACACAGUGCACACAGGCGAGGGCAGUGCUGGAGCACGAGUACAGCCGUCUGCUGACCGCAGGAACCGAGCGGAGACUCGAGGAGGACGACGACAAGAACUUCCGCCGCACACCGUCCUGGAGGAAGAAGUUCAGGCCCAAAGACGUGCGCUCCGCAGACACACUGCCAGCCAGCUUCAGAGUGAACACUGCAGACGCACUGACCAAGAGACCACAGCUGGACGGAGGUGUGUGUGUUCAGCGUCUGGACUCUGCUGCGGUCAGAACGUACUCCUGCUGAUCAGAGUCAGGUGCAGCGGAGGAUGAGGAGCGCUUGGGUUUCAUCACAACCCUGUCACACGUCAGAUUCGAUGCCUCUAUUUAUGUAAAAGGAGCGGCAUUCACGUAUCGACUGUUGCUGGAUUCGGUCACCUUUUAAUUCUGGAGUCUUGAUCCAGUUCAACUCUUUUAGCUCUAAUUUAUGUAUCACAAGUCCAGAGUUUGUACAUUUCCAUCUGUAGGUGUAAUCUCAUUCUUAUCAUUCUCUGAGUAUUUUAUCCUCUCAGAUACUUAUUCCUUUUGUUUGAAUUCAUCCAGCUAAAAGUAUUUUGUGAUUUAUCUUAACUUUGCUCUUCUCUUCAUCAGUUUUUUCCUGUUGAUUGUGAGAAAGUGGUCUGAAUCAAUGGUGUUGUGUGAAUAUCAGGGUUGAUACGUGUUUUAUAUCCUCUGACACCAAAUCAAUCCCUUGGAUAAGCCAUAAUUUAUAAUAAUUAUGAGGGCUAUUUUGAAUACAUCUUUCUACAGAUGUGAUGUUGAUGCCAGGUUUUUCUAGCAUCUGUUUGACUUAAAGUCACUGUUUAUCCAUUCCCUGGUGCUGCGUUAGAUGUGUGUGUGUGUUAGUGAGAGAGAGAGAGAGAGACUGACUGUAUGUGUGUGUGUGUGUGUGUGUGUGUUUCACUCAGAUGGACCAAUCCGUGACCUGUCCGCACGAUCCGUGUGUGUGUGUGUGUGUGUGUAUCGUAUCACUGUAAUGAAGCCUUCUAUUUCUAGCCCAGUCCUGUUGUUUUCCGAGACCUUUUUGAUACGGUGUGUUAUCAGCCUUUAUGUAGGAACUGAGUUGUUAUUUUCGGAUGCUAUCAGAAGCGCAGGCUGGAAUCAUCCCAGUCUCUCUUUUCUGUUUUUGUAAUUUUACAUUCUUUAGUGACUUAUGUACAAUUUAAAUCAUGUUACUAUCUUUUUAUUGUCUUUUAUUUAAAUAAAUAUUCUGGUCCUCUAAUAGAAAUAAUGUACAGUCUAAGUACUUGUGAACUAUUUUUAUCACAGUAUUAUUUAUUGCUUUCAUUUCAAUAAAAUACUGAAACUUAUUUUCCACUGCCAAUAAAAAUAAGUCUUUAUGAACAUGA